UCUAGCUUCCGGUCCUCAGAAGCUACACGUUGCUAGCAGACGUUGAUGCAGAUGUUAUACCGAAUGUAAUGUGUUUAAGAGACUUUUAAAACACAUACAAAGAGUUAGUUUAUCCUUGAAGGGUGAUUUAUCCGUGCUUUCAUCCGUUAAACCGUGUUUUUGUUGCCUCCCGUUCUUUGUUCGUAGCUUUUUAUACCACGUGGCUGAUCGGUAAACAUAAGUAAAGGCAUUAACGGGAGAUUAGUGUGUUUAACGGCAGUGUUUUAUCAAGGAGUAGAAAGACUGAAGAACCAGGACGAAGAGGAGAGAGAGAGAGACACAGCCGGAGAAGGAGCACUGAGAGCAGCAUGGAGGAGAACAAAAAGACCCCUGGAGCUCAGAUAUUCAAUGUGCUCUUUCCAUGACAGCAGGUGGUCAAUCAUUACACCCAGGUGUUUGUAUGAAACUCCCUGCUUGAUUUGAUCUGUAUGGAUGACAAUGGGGACUUUAUGGGAGUCAGAUGAAACCGAAAGGAAGAGAGAGACGUCACAAAUGUCAGCAAUGUGACAAAUACUUUACAAAAUCUGAAGGUUUAAAGGUGCACCUGCGUAUUCAUACUGGAGAAAAACCGUACAGCUGUGAAGAGUGUGGAACAACUUUCACUACAUCAAGUAAUCUAAAAAAACAUCAACGUAUCCACACUGGAGAGAAACCGUACAGCUGUGAAGAGUGUGGGAAAGCGUUCACUCAAUCAGGUCAUCUCAAAAUACAUCAAGUUAUUCACACUGGAGAAAAACCUUACAGCUGUGAAGAGUGUGGGAAAACUUUCACUACAUCAAGUGCUCUCAAACCACAUCAACGUAUUCACACUGGAGAAGAACCGUAUUGGUGUGAAUGGUGUGGGCAAACUUUCGCUAGAUCAAGUGCUCUCAAAAUACAUCAACAUAUUCACACUGGAGAAAAACCGUACAGCUGUGAAGAGUGUGGGAAAACGUUCACUACAUCAUAUCAUCACAAAAAACAUCACCGUAUUCACACUGGAGAAAACCCGUAUAACUGUGAAGAGUGUGGGAAAACGUUCACUUCAUCACAUGGUCUCAAAAAACAUCUACGUAUUCACACGGGAGAAAAACCAUACUGGUGUGAAGAGUGUGGGGAAACAUUCACUGCAUCAUUUAGACUCCAAAAACAUCUACGUAUUCACACUGGAGAAAACCCGUAUAACUGUGAAGAGUGUGGGAAAACGUUCACUUCAUCACAUGGUCUUAAAAAACAUCUACGUAUUCACACAGGAGAAAACCCAUAGUGGUAAGAGUGUGAGAAAACAUUUUCUCAAAGUAUUCACCUUAAAGUCCACGAGCGAAUCCACACCGCAUAGUUUUGAACAACUAAGCUAGCUGUUUCCUCCUCCUGAUAUUUUGAGAGCUGUAUUGUUAUAUUUGAAGAGUCUUCCUGAAUUGAAGUCUGACUAACAGACUUCAAUUCACAGUCAGUCUCGUUGUAUGUCCCUGGACAAGCCCUGAGGUCCUGCUCAGCUUUUUAAAUAUCCCUAAAAUCCCCCAAAAUAAAAUGGGUGAGGCUUUUAUCCACUACGCUCCCAAACUGUGGAACACCAGGAAAUAUCAGAGAGGCUCAGUGGACAUUUUUAGACGCCAGCUAAAGACACAUCUCUUUAGAUUAGCUUUUUAUUAGCAACCCCCCACUUUAAAUGGUCUUUUAUUCUUUAUUAUUUACCUACUUUUAUCUUAUUUUAUUUGAUAGAGGAAGGGUUUUAUCUCAUAUUAGUUAGUUAACAGUUUCAAUAGCAACAUUUAUUUUUACGUUGGCUCCUUUAUAUUUUAAUCCUUUAACCUUUAUUAGAAUGAUGACGUUUUUAUUAUUAUACAUUUUUAGUUUUUAUUUCUGUUGUACCUAUAUGUUCACUUUAUUUUAUAGGGUUUUAUAUUGUUGCAUCUAUUCACUUGUCUUGUGUCUUAUCUUUCCGAGAGAAAUCAUAAUUUUUUUACUGUAUCACAUUUGUUAUUGUCAUACCUUUUACCUCCUUGUGUAUCUUAAACUGUUACAAUUUUAUAUUUUGCUGCGUGUAAAGGUCUUAACAUCUGAAGGGACUUUCUUGUUUAUUUUUAGCCUUGUUAUUCCGUAUAUAAGAUAUCAUAUCCCCAGGGUUAAACUGCUAGCCUCGUUAAGCUGCAUUGAAGGAAAUUAAUUUCACUGUUCAUUCAUCUGCAGAGUAGUUUCUCCAAUAAUCUGUUUGGUUAAUAAAAUCGUGUGACUUUAAA